CCCAAGGCGACUGCUUGUUGACCCAGGCAGCGUUCCCUGCUAUCAAUUGCGUCUACGCGCGCACAAUCGUCGUGGAGCAUGCCUGCUAAACUGCCUAAACCCAGUGGCCCUGUCGUUCUCCUCUGGCACCGAACCGACCUCCGUCUCCACGAUGCCCCCGCGCUCACCGCUGCAUUGGAGCUCAAGCCCUCCGUGUUCAUCCCCGUUUGGACCUGGGAUCCUCACUACGUCUAUCGCGCCCGAGUCGGACCAAACCGCUGGCGCUUCCUGCUCGAGUGCCAACAAGAUCUAUCCGCCGCCUACACCAAGCUGAACCCGAAACAGAAGCUCUGGCUCGUGCGCGAAGCCCCACAGACGGUCUUCCCGAAGCUGUGGAAGACCUGGGGCGUGACACAUCUGGUAUUCGAGAAGGACACGGACGCUUACGCGCGGGAUCGCGACAAUGAGGUGGUAAGACUGGCGGAGAAGGCGGGCGUGACCGUGGUGAUCAGGAGUGGGCGGACAUUGUUCGACUCCGAUGAGAUCGUCCGAGUCCACGAUCGCAAGCCAACGAUGAGCAUCACGCAGCUGGAGAAAGCCGCCGAGAAGCUCAACGGCGGAGUUCCGGACCGACCACUGGAUCCGCCGUCCAGCGUCCCGGACCCCUGGGAUGAGAAUCGCAUGGAUUUGAGUAGAUUGAUCCAGGACAUCCCCGAGGCAGAACCAGAUGUCAACUCCGAGCACCGCACGAAGAAAAGUGAAACACAGUACCAGAACAUAAUGGGUCCGAAGCGGGAUUUUGCCGUUCCCACACUGAAGGAACUGGGGAUUGACCCGGCGCAGGCCACGACACCGCAUCGAGGGGGCGAGUCGGUGGCGCUCGGGAUCUUGGGUGACUGCAUCCGCGAUGAGGAAUAUGUCGGGACAUUUGAGAAGCCCAAGACUUCUCCCGCCGCCUUCGAGCCUCAGGCUACCACGUUGCUGUCGCCGCAUCUGCAUUUUGGAUCAUUGUCGGUCCGCAAGUUUUGGUGGGACGUCGAUGCAGUGCUCAAGAAGAGGAAGACCGAGAAAAGGCCGGUCGCCCAACUCCCUACUAAUCUGCCGGGCCAACUGCUCUUUCGUGACAUGUACUUUGCUGCUCAAGCUGCGCUGGGGUACGCCUAUGCGCAGACCCAAGGGAACAGAAUUGCACGCUUUGUGCCAUGGCAUCUCCAGUCCAAUUACUCCGAAGUGCCACGAGGGGAACAUCUUCUGGACGGAACGUACACGAUCGACAAACCCGAAGCAGAGACUUGGUUCCGACGGUGGAAACACGGUCGAACAGGAUUCCCGUGGAUCGACGCACUCAUGCGUCAGCUGAAACAGGAAGGCUGGAUACAUCACCUCGGACGACACAGUGUAGCAUGCUUCUUGACGCGGGGUGGCUGCUACGUGAGCUGGGAGCGAGGAGCAGAAGUCUUCGAGGAAUGGUUGGUUGACCACGAGACUGCUUCCAACGUCGGAAACUGGAUGUGGCUCUCCUGCACUGCGUUCUUUUCCCAGUACUACCGCUGUUAUUCCCCGGUCGCGUUCGGCAAGAAAUGGGACCCGGAAGGCCACUUUGUCCGCCGCUACUGCCCAGAGCUGGCGCAGUUCGACAAGAAGUACAUCUACGAGCCGUGGAAGGCGCCCAUCGCCGACCAGAAAAAAUGGCAGUGCAGGGUCACGGGCGACGGUUCAGCCAGCCGAGAUGAGGCCAGUGGCCUGCCCGCCUAUCCCAAACCGAUGUUCAAUUUUGAUGAGCGGAGGGACUUCUGCAUCAGUCAGAUCAAGCAUGCGUAUGAGGUGAAUUUUUACGGGGAUGAUGCCAAAGUCAUGGAUGGGUCGUGGAAGGAAGUGUUCGACUUUCAUGAUGAGGGAGGCAAGGUUGUCGACGAGACCACGGGCCAAGACGCGAAGCAACUGACGGGUGGGAUCCGGAAGCGAUCGGGCGGUGAUGAGGAGCUUGACGGUGACAACACGCAUGGCUUGGAUGGAGCGAAGGAGGAAGAACCGAGCCCGAAACGAAAGAGGUGACCGAGUCUCGGGAAUGGGGUGAAAGGAGUGUCUUUGGACUUUAUACAUGACUGACUUAGACAUUGAUCAAAAACAUCGA